AUGAAUCAAGAGGAGUCCAGAGAGAAUAAAAACAAACUUCUAACAAACACAACGCCAGCACCAUCAGCUUGCAAUAGCAAAACCCAAACCAGGAGAAGGAACAAGCCAAGUCUGCAUGACAACAUCUUGAACGGCUCCAAUUUUGACCAACCUAUCAAUACAUUGAUUGCUCUUCUUCGAGGUUUUAUUGCUAGAUAA